AAUCAAGUCUGCUCUUUCAACCAGUUAAAUCAUUUUCCUUCGCCAUCUUUGUGAGCUUCGAGCAGGCUUUUCUGUGAAAGCCAAAUCGAAUAGGAGCUGAGAGAGUGGAAGACAGAGAAGAAAAAUGUUUCUACGGAGGUUAGCAAGGCCAUUGAUGAUGAUGGCGAAUGUGAAGGAAACAACAGGUAUAGUUGGUUUGGAGGUAGUCCCAAAUGCAAGGGAAGUUCUGAUAAAUCUGUACAGGAAAACCCUAGAAGAGAUCAAGUCUGUACCUGAGGACGAAGGAUACCGGAAGGCAGUGGAGAGCUUCACCCGCCACCGCCUCAAUGUCUGCGUGGAGGAACAGGAGUCGGAACUGAUCGAGAAACGCCUUGGUUGUGGUCAGGUUGAAGAGCUCAUCGAGGAAGCCCAGGAUGAACUUAAGCUCAUUGGUCACAUGAACGAGUGGAAACCUUGGGGUGUUCCCGAUGAUUAUGAAUGUGAAGUGAUUGAAAAUGAUGCUCCAGUACCAAAACACGUUCCUCUGCACCGCCCUGGUCCUCUCCCUGAGGAAUUCUACAAGACAAUGGAGGUGGUUACUUCUGGCAAAUUGGAUGCACCUGCAAUUUCAUCGGGUGACUUGCAAUCAAAGUAGGGUCUUCCCAUAGCUCCUUUUGGCUAUUGAUCAGUACAUGCCAAGUUUUAGAACUGAACAUGUGUUACUCUACCAUCCUUGUUUUCUUUGUGAUCUUCUAUACCUGUUUACUGGAUUGACUGGCGCUGGUGGACACAAAUGCUUGAACCUUUGGUUAAUAAAACAGAUUAUUAUUUUUUUUUUUUUUGGGGGGGGGGGGGUGGUGGUGUUGGAAACUAGCAGACAGUUGCCAUCUUCUUUUGUUUGGAAAAGCAUCAACAUGGUGUAUUUGGUAUGAGGGAAGUCAUUUUCCAUGAUUAAUAUAUCUUCUAAAAGAAUGUUUUCUGGUGUGUUCGGUUGGCAGAAAAUACUUUAUGAAAAAUAUGUAUAUUAUAGAUAAUUAUGAUA